AUUUAAUUAUUUAUUAGCGAAAAUCAACAAAACAAAGUCAAAGUACCAUUAAUAUAAAAUGGACGAGUUACCCUCUGAAGUCGAUUUACUAAUCAUUGGAACAGGCUUUAUUGAAUCGAUCAUCUCGGCAGCAGCCAGCCGAAUAGGCAAAUCCGUGCUCCAUUUGGACCCCAACGACUAUUACGGGAACCAAUGGGGCUCUUUCAACCUCCAAGCCCUUCUAGACUAUAAUCCUGAUCCCUCAGAGCCUUGUGAUUUUAGAAAUAAGUCAUUUAGCUUGAAAAAUUUCCAUUAUGAAUGGCUUAUGGAGGAUCAAAAGGAAGACUUAUUGAAAAACAGUAGGAAAUUCAACAUAGAUUUGACCCCAAAGUUGCAUUAUUGUAGAGGAGAUUUUGUUCAAUUGCUAAUAACAUCAAAUAUUGCAAGGUAUUCUGAGUUCAGAAGUGUCACUCGAAUAUUGACGUGGCUCAACGGCCAACUAGAACUUGUCCCUUGCUCUCGCUCUGAUGUUUUUGCUUCUCAGAAAGUCUCAGUAGUAGAAAAGCGAGUUCUAAUGAAGCUUUUAACCUCACUGGAUGACAUCCUUGACUCAGAAAACACUCAUAAUUUCAAAAAGUUUUUAGAAAGCCGUAAACUAUCAGAUAACUUGGUAACUUAUGUUAUGGCCAUGGCAGGGGCUACUGAGCACACAAGCCUGGGAGAAGGAGUGAAAAGUGUCAAAAGGUUUUUGGAUAGUUUAGGCAGAUUUGGAAAAACUCCAUAUUUGUUUUCUAUGUAUGGAAGUGGGGAGAUCGCACAAGCCUUUUGUAGAUUGAGUGCAGUUUUUGGAGGCAUCUACGCCCUAAACCAACAAAACCUAAUUUCACUUGACUCAGAAGACAACAGAAUAACCUCCCUAACGACCACAAAGCAACAAAUUCGUGCCCAAAAUUACGUUACAAGCCUGGAACAGUGUUCAGAAAAAUUUCUGAGGCCUGUAAAAAUUAAUAAUUAUAUUUCUAGGGCUAUAUUGAUUACAAACAAAUCGAUUUUGCCCAGUGAGCAGGAGCAAUUGAGUUUUUUAAUUUAUCCAGAGGGUACAGAAAGGAUAAUUAAUGUGUUUGAGUUGGGGAGUUUAACUGGAACUUGCCCUAAAAAUUAUUAUUUAGUGCAUUUGACAUCAAAACAAGUAACUACUCCUCAAGAGGACUUCAAGGGUGCGUUGGGGAAUUUGUUUUCAGGCUCAGACCAGCCCCAAAUCAUAUUUUCUUGUUACUUUUCCAUUCCAGAAACAUCGGAUUUGGAUUUUGAAAAUGUGCCUGAAAAUCUAUUUUUGUGUCCAGGUCCUGAUAAUGACUUGGAUUAUAAUUCAAGCAUCCAAAAGGCUAGAGAGAUAUUUGAAAAAAUGUAUCCUGAUUUGGAAUUUUUACCUAGGGCGCCUGAUCCUGAAGAAAUUAUUAUUGGAGAUUAAUAUAGUUUUAUUUAUGAAUAAAUGUGUAUACAAAGAAAUAAUAAUUAACCCCAUGCAUGUGUUUUGCAAUAAUGAAGCACUAGUUUACCCUCGGUGCUGUAGCAGUCAUACAAAUUCCUCACAGUUUGGUCUGGAGAAGGAGCAAAAGUUUGGUUAACAUAGAGGAACUGGAAAUGUUUAUAAUUGUUUAUUGAUUACGACUCAAUGAUAAACUCAACUUACAAGCUUCUCUUGACUCUCAAUUUUCAAAUACUUUUUCAUAAACUCGAUGAUCCAACCAAUGGGUUUAUCACUGUCCACAGUCCAUUUUUUCUUUUUCAUUAUAGGAGCGUUUCCAGUAGGUUUGAGUAGAAUAUCAACUUUAAUUUAAAACAUAAUUUUAUUGUCGUAUUUAUGUUUUUAAAUUAUUGAGACUGGAAGCUCGUCUGAUAAUCGGAUUAAUAGUGUUUUUGUUUCUAUUCCGAUUAUCGGGUUACUAGUUUAUUUUGUUAUUGUUCCGCAAAAUGUUCACUUAUUAUUUCCGGACUAAUAGCAUUUACUCAUAUUAUUCCGAACAUUUCUAUAUUUUUAGAAAAAAGUAGUUGGUGUGGUGGUUGGAGUUUGACAGGUUAAUUAGAGACCAAAAUAGUUAUUUUCCUAACAAGUGCGCAAAGUGUUACUUUUCCGCACGCAAAUACAGUUAUACGAACGACGCGAAGCGGAGUUCGGAUAAGUGUUUGCGUGCGGAAAAGACACUUUGCGCACGUGUUAGGAACAAAAUUUUUCCUACGAGCUUCAUAUCAGGUAGGUAACAACAAAAAUUUAAAAAAAAAAAACGAUAAUUUGUGCAAUUAUUUUCAAUUAACUUGAAGCGAACCUAUUCAUUCAUCAA